GAGAGUGGAUUUAUUUGGUGAAAGAGGAGAUUUCCCUUCUGCAUGGAUGUUUUGAGGGUAUAAAAUCAGAAAAGUGAAAUUCGUUCAGCAAUCAGCACUAAAUCAAUUUGUUGUUAUUAAUCGAAAGAUUUUUUUGCUGCACAUUUCCUCUUAAUUUGUGCGUGAGUUUUGCAGUGUGUUGUGUGAAAAGUGGCUCGAGAAGGGGUGAAAAGAAAAUAGAUGCAAUGCAAGAAGUGCAUGAGCUCAGUAAUUAACCGUGAAAGUGUGGUGAUGUUUGGGUGUUUGAUCAAGUGACUGGCAAGAGAGACAUUGAGCCUCUGAUGAUCGCGAGAGACAGAUCCUCAUCUGUUUAUUGACCUCUUGAGUCUCGAAACGGUGCUUUACACGGUGGUUUUUUGGCUGAAAGCACCUCUUUUCGGGUGUUUAUUGUUGUGUGUUGGCUCAUUGGUCAAGCUGCAGACUGGCCACUUCCUUAUAGAUUGUCACAGAGCACAAGCCAGUUAUUUAGCUCAUUGGGCUUCGUACUGUGGUGUGUGACUGGCAGAGAAGACGAAAUUAGUGGUGCUUCGCAGGCCACAAGAAGAAGGAGAAAAGAGUGUCGGAAAGAGUGCAAAGUGACUCGGAGCAAUUAAAUAAUUUAUGUGCACAGUGAUGGGAUGAUUUUACCCAUGGUUUUUUCUCAUUGACUUGAGACAAAAAGGCCUAGUUUUGUGUAUGACGAACUUAACUUGCGAGCUUUUCAUCUCUGCAAAUAAAAACACCACUCAUGUCCACCAAUAUGGUAUUCCUGAAGGAUUUAUCAGCGAAAAUCAAGGGUUAUUUAUUCAGUGGGGAAUACAUUAAGCAUCCUGUUCUGUACGAACUGAGCCACAAGUAUGGAUUCACAGACAAUCUGCCGGAGAGUGCGCUCCCGAAUCGCUUGGAGGAGAUUAAGGAGGCGAUUAGGCGGGAAAUUAGGAAGGAACUGAAGAUAAAGGAGGGCGCAGAGAAGCUGCGCGAGGUGGCAACCGACAGGCGAUCACUCUCCGAUGUGGCGUCCAUUGUGAAGAAGAGCAACAACAAAUUGGCCGAACUGAAGUCUGAAUUGCACGAGCUCGAGAGCCAAAUCAUUCUCACGCAGGGCAACAGUGUCACCAGCAAUGGUCAAGACAUUCUCGCGUCAUCGGAAAUGGCACCGAGCAGUGGUCCAGAAAUGACACCGAAUGACAAACUGCUCAUGUCGCUCGAGAAGCAGCUCAAUAUUGAGAUGAAGGUGAAGAAUGGUGCUGAGAAUAUGAUACAGUCAAUCUCUGGCGGACACCAUGGACGUGACAAGAAGCUGCUGGCGGAGGCGCAGCAGAUGCUGGCGGAUUCCAAAGCCAAAAUUGAGUUUCUGAAGCUGCGCAUUCUCAAGGUGCGCCAGAACAGGCACGUGAGCCAGGUGUCGGAGGAGAAUGGCGACGUGCGGCCGCGUGAUCUCGAGACGUCCCUCGAGGAGAGGAUCGAGGAGUUGCGUCACCGGCUGAGGAUUGAGGCGGCGGUGGUGGAUGGUGCGAAAAAUGUGAUAAGAACGCUACAGAACAGCAAAGUACCGGACAAGAAGGCCCUCCAAGAGGCACAAUCUCGACUAUCAGAGUCAUCACGAAAGCUGGAUCUGCUGCGGAAGGCGUUGGAGUUGCGCCGGAACGAAUUGCCACCGGAUUCGCCGGCGGCGAAGCAGCUGAAGCGCGAGCUGCAGAGCGUGCAGGCGUCGAGUCCGGUGCCUGUGACGUACACAUCGCUGCAGCCCUUCCGCGGCGGAUCCGAGGGGAAGCCCGUGCAGUCGCACUCGUCACUGAGCCGGUGUGCUGCCGUGACGGGGAAGUUGGAGGUGAGGCUGAUGGGGUGUCAGGAUCUGCUGGAGGAGGUGCCGGGCAGAUCGCGUCGGGACAAGGACGCCACGUCCAGUCCCACGGGUGAUUUGAGGAGUUUCGUGAAGGGUGUGACGAGCAGGAGUUCCUCCAAGAGCUACAGUGUCAAGGAUGAAACGUCAUCGGAGAUCAUGGCGAUUAUCAAGCUGGACAACAUCACAGUGGGUCAGACAUCGUGGAAGCCCUGCUCGCAGCAGGCUUGGGAUCAGCGCUUCUCCAUCGACCUAGACAGAUCGCGUGAGCUGGAAAUUGGUAUUUAUUGGCGCGACUGGCGAUCACUGUGUGCUGUCAAGUUCCUGCGCCUUGAGGAGUUUAUCGAUGACAUCCGUCAUGGUAUGGCGCUGCAGCUGGAGCCGCAGGGAUUGCUGUUUGCCGAGAUUAAAUUCCUCAAUCCCAUGAUCUCGCGGAAGCCCAAACUGCAGAGGCAGCGCAUGAUCUUCAAUAAGCAACAGGUGAAGAAUAUUCCACGCGCCAAGCAGAUGAACAUCAAUGUGGCCACGUGGGGCAGAUUGCUGAAGAAUGUGGGCAAGACACCGUCGAUUCCGCAGACGCCACAGCCCGCCACGCCGACUGCCAGUGGCCAGGAGAGUGGUAGCGGACCACAGCCCACGCAGCUCGUCUUCGACACAUCAAUCACGGAGAAUGAUCCCGUGGAGACGCCCGGUGACAAUCCGGACGUGAAUAUCGUUGGGCUGAGUGGUGCCAGACCUCUUGGCAUUCAGGGAAUGGCUAUUCUGGGACAAGAAGCCGCCGCUGUGGUGAAUGAGAAGAAUCAGAACAACAAUGCGACCAUCUCGAUGCCGCCGCCACGUCCACAGCAACCGCCGCCGAUCCUAACGUCCUUCCAGCGGAUAAAAUCCACCCCAUCUACGCCCACGACGCCGCCCACCACCCUCAAGAUGGACAAAGAGUUACAGAAUGCACUGCAAGAAUUUGAUUUUCUACAACAUGUCGAUCAGCAGCAGCUGCCACAUGUGGAGCACCAGCAGAGGCCGGAGACGUCACAGCAACAGCACGUGGCCGAGGAGACCACAUCAUCAUCAUCGGCUCUGGCGCGUGAGCUUUUCCGUCCAGUGCUGGCGAUGCCGCCCGUUGUGCUGAUGGGCGGCGGCGGUACGCACUUCGGCGUGCCCACGCCCAGUCCCAUUGUCGAAAUGCCACCGUCGCCGGCGCCCAGUCAGUUGCAAAUUGUUGACUUUCCCGAUGACGAUUGCAUCGAGAUAAUUCAGCCGAUGGAGAAUUUGGCGAUGAACAACAAUCCACAGUUCGCUGGAGCGUCAAUGGCACAGCCGAUCUUCCAUCAGGCGAUGCCUAAGUAUCAUCCGCCGCCCACUCAACCGCCGCCCGCGCCGCCAGUUGCUCAAGUGUCGCGCGCACCCGCUCAAGGGCACGUGAUUCCGCCACCGAAUGAGUUCAUCGGUGACGGCCCACCGACUCCGGCGUCGCGACGCCCCGUGCGCGGACAGCUGCAGUACCGCGACAGCGCGUAUGAGUCCAGGCGGCAGUCGCAGAGCGGCGGACUCAGCAUUGACAGCUUCAAGUUGCUCAGCGUGCUGGGCAGGGGACACUUCGGCAAGGUGAUCCUGUCGCAGUAUCGCAACACGGGCGAGUAUUUUGCCAUCAAGGCGCUCAAGAAGGGUGACAUCAUCUCGCGCGACGAGGUGGAGUCGCUGCUCAGUGAGAAACGCAUUUUCGAGGUGGCCAACGCCAUGCGCCAUCCUUUCCUCGUCAACCUGUUCGCGUGCUUCCAGACGGAGCAGCACGUGUGCUUCGUGAUGGAGUACGCAGCCGGUGGGGAUCUCAUGAUGCACAUCCACACGGAUGUGUUCUCAGAGCCGCGGGCAGUAUUUUAUGCCUCGUGUGUGGUUCUGGGAUUGCAGUAUUUGCACGAGAGCAAGAUUAUCUACAGAGAUUUGAAGUUGGAUAAUUUGCUACUGGACACUGAAGGAUAUGUGAAGAUUGCUGAUUUCGGCUUGUGCAAGGAAGGCAUGGGUUUCGGCGAUCGCACGGGGACUUUCUGUGGGACACCGGAAUUCCUGGCGCCCGAAGUUCUCACGGAGACUUCGUACACGCGCGCCGUGGACUGGUGGGGACUGGGUGUGCUCAUCUUCGAGAUGCUCGUGGGUGAAUCGCCUUUUCCCGGGGAUGAUGAGGAGGAGGUGUUUGACUCAAUUGUCAAUGACGAAGUGAGAUAUCCGCGAUUCCUGUCCCUCGAGGCCAUAGCAAUAAUGCGAAGAUUGCUGAGAAAGAAUCCCGAACGACGUCUGGGCUCGUCCGAGCGUGAUGCUGAGGAUGUGAAGAAGCAAGCUUUCUUCCGGCAAAUUGCUUGGGAUGAUUUGCUCAUGAGAAAAGUGAAACCACCGUUUGUCCCGACAAUUCGCCACUUGGAGGAUGUGUCCAACUUUGACGAGGAAUUUACAUCGGAGAAGCCUCAAUUGACACCACCAAAGGAGCCUCGUCCACUGACUGAAGAUGAGCAAAUGUACUUUAAGGACUUCACCUACAUGGCCGAUUGGUGUUGAGCCGCGCAUGCGCAUCCAAAACGUGUAUUUACGAAGUUAUUUAGUGGAAUGCAUGAGAGAUAAUGUUAAAAGUAGACAAUAUUUACAUGGAUUAUUGUUGGCAAUUUUGUGCAUCUUGCCUGAGAUUCAAUCCUAAAAAUGGAGAGUAAAGCAAGAGUUUCGAAUUUCUUCUCAAUAUUAUCAUUGUAACUUCUUGUGAAUGAAUAUUUUGUGAUCUUGAUCAGUAAAGAGAAAGAGAGAAAGGAAUAGAGAAAUUUUGUGAGUGGAUGCUGAUAAGGUUUCAAAAACAAUAUUUAUAGAGUGUCAAGUUGAACAAUUAAGUAGAUUGUGUAUGCUAAUUGUGGAGUAACAAUAAUAUUUAACUAGUUGUCACUUUUUUUACACGAUAAGGUAUCAAUUAACGAAGUAAGUUCUCUUCAUUUUAUUGCUGCAUCCAAGGCGGAACUGCAAUUUUGUACAUAAUUUCAGCGAGAUAUGGUGGUUGUUAAGCAAUUGCAGAACAUUUUUGCCAAAUUAAAUAUCAAUUCUCUAAUAAGUGUAGAGCAGGAAAGAGAAAGGGAGAGAGAGAGGGAGAGAAACAGUGUAGAACUGCGUAGUGUUACAAUUUAGCCAAGGUGACAAUUCAGUAGAUUGUAUUAAGUUGUAACUUAUCAAGGAGAGAAGGAGAAUUAAGAGUUAAUAUAUCACUGGAAAUUAUGAAGAAUUAUCAUGUUGAGAUUUUCCUCCAUAAAUCACUAAUUUUUGUAUUAAAUAUUGCCUUAUGUUAAUGUUUAUAUUUUCAUUUCUCAUAAACAUAAAUAAAUGAAACCCUUUUUCGCGCCAACCUUGAGACUGCUCGCCUGAAGCCUUCGAUUUUUCGGCAGUCUUGUAAGUUUAACGAAAAGAGAGAGAGAGAGAGAAUGUGUGUUUCUUAACUAUUUGCUCUUAUUUGUAUUUUAUAUCAAUUAGUUAAAAUGAGAUGAGGAUUUGUUCAAAUAUUUAAGGUGCCUUUUAAUGAGACGAAAAAUCAAAUAAACAUGCAAAAAACU